AGUUUACCCAAAUUGCUUGUGGCAUUUUUCAUUUUGGUUUAAAACAUGAGUAUCCUAUUAACUUGGUUCCUCAAUUUAUCAAAUUAAAAGUUCUCCUUAUGCAACUUAUUUUUUCCCACGGGUACUUUGGAAAAGACUAGAAAAUAUAAAAUCUUUCAUAAGCAACAUGGCUUAAAUCUAUCAUGAGAAGAAACUCCUUAUCCAACCUGCGGACCAUAAGAAUCCCCCCUUUAGAGUAAGAUUUGUCAUUAAAUCCUACCUUCUCCUUAUCUGGUUACUUUCUGGCAUGUUUCAAAUCAAGAUUAAUGGAGUGGUAAUUUGGAAGAAUAACUUGGAAAGACGAUUCUCCGUUAUGAACUUGAUUGCACCUCUUACGACAAUCCCUGAAUUUGGCAGGAUUAUGAAUCUUUGUCCAUGUCUAACAGUACCGUCAUGUCAUUGUCUUUAUUAGGCCCUUUAAUGUCAGAGGCCAGCCUUUUGGUAGGCAAAUGCCUUUGCAACUUUGAGAGUCGGGACAUUUUGCGACCACAGACUUUUUCCUUUUCCUUGGAUUUAUUUAUUGCUUGGCUUCUUAUGAAAGAAAAUCCUUGCUUGCAUUUGAGAAGUUAUUCGCUAAUUAUUUUAUCUGUUUUUGUAGCUCCCAUCAUUUCAUGGUUCACCCUUAUUAAAUUAUCAGAUGCUCCAAUCCAUGUAUCCUACACAGCUUCCCGGAGCUUUCAAUACACAGCCAAUCCAGGAGGAGUUGAACCGUGGACCAGGCCUUUAUGCUGUACCUAUUGUCCCUUUUAUGGGACAAUAUGGAGGGUUUCCACCAAACACUCUAAUCCCAUUCACUUACUCUGUACCAACUGGACCUAGUACUCCAGAAAAUGGGACUGUAGGUGAGGAGCAAGGUCAGAUGGGACAGCAGCAGCAGCAGCAGCAACAGCCUGGACCACAACGACAAAUAGUUGUCAGAAGAUUUCAAAUUGCAUUUCAGCUAGAUAUUUUGCUUAUUUUGAAGCUAGCUGCAGUGAUAUUUUUGUUCAAUCAAGAUGGAUCGAGACAGAGGCUUGUUCUGCUUGUGUUCUUAGCUUCGCUUGUCUACCUGUAAGUAUUUGUCGGUUAUGAUCACUUUU